CCUUAGAAACUCGUCUACUUCCCAUUUACACUUACAUUUGCAACGUAACUACCUUGUUUUCCACAUUCAAGUACGUUAGUUACCACAAGAAGAUGCGUAACGUCCUACAGGAUAAGUACCCCGAAAAGUUCGAUUUCGAUGAGGAGGUGAAUCGCGUGAAGCUCGAGUUCGAUAUGAUGUUCUUCGCCGAGAUGGAGGAGGCCAUUUUCGGGGAGAGCGAGCCCGAGGAUGCCAACGAGGUGGAAGCGAGUCCCUCGGAGGGCAGCGGCGAGGACAGCGACAGACAUAUCUAAAUUAAUUGCCCCGGCCCUGUGGCACUUUCGAAAUUUCGCCGGCUAUCAUUAUCAUCCAAUAUAGUUCGGCGGCAUAUUGUGCCCUGUCGUCAUCCGUCAUGAUCUGUUUUCGGGAUCGCUUAUUGUCCCUUAGCUCAUCGCUCACUUGUGCCCUAAGCGGAUUAGGUUUCACCCAGAAACGUGUUCGGCACAAAGGACUCCGUGGUGGAAGCGGCAAAAAGGGAAUAAAACAAAAAGAAACGAGUACAAAAAGGGAAACACGGGCUGCCCGCGAACAAUGAACCAUGUGGCAAGUGGAUUGGCAGCUUGUAAUCCGCCUCCCCGCCCGGCAUGUCCUUGUAUAGCCCCAGGUUCGAUCCCGAAGUGCACUUGCUACACGGUUAUUGCAUCAUCGCCUUAUUGCCCUAAUGCGAUUAGCAUUCAUUUUUAAUCGCGCCUCAUUGGAAUUGGGUUUUUCGUCUAAGUCUUUCGAUAGUCUGCCCGCCUGGCCGCUCAAUAAGUCCGCUGCACUGGGAAAAAUAUACAUAUAUGAAGGACCUUUUGGUAUUUUAAAGUACAGAACUUGCAAGUAAUGUUAAAAAAUAUUUAAGAUAUUGGAGAAUAUACAUUCAAAUAUUCCGCAAUGAAAAAUUGAACUAUUUAGCAUAAAACACAUUUUGAAAAUAUUUAAUUAAUUAAAAUGCUUUCUUUUACCAUUUUUUUUAAUGCUUUGUGCUAUUUGAAAUAUUAAUUGUAUGCUCUGUACAUCAAGGGCAACCUGGCUGCUCAUUACGCAAUUUCGGGAGGGUGUUCCUUUCUGAAGUGGGCCAUUGUCAGUGCCCUAGACCAGAAAAGCAAACUGUCUCGAGAGCGAGUGACUUGAGACCGGCGAAAUUGUGGCGAAAGUGCAAGUACAGUCACCACUGUGUGGCCAACCCCUCUCCUCAAUGCCAACCCCCGUGGAACAAAGCGAGUUGAAUGAUUUACCCUGGAGUGGGUCAACGUGGAGCGUGCUCGGGCUGUGAAAUUGCAAGCCAGAACAACACUUUCGUCGAUAAUCACGAGGGUCAUUCGAUGGGUCAAGUGUCGCCGCAGCGCGUGGCAACCCCUUUGGAAAAGGGGCAGGA